GCAACACACACACACACGCUGGAUUUGCAACACACAUACGGCUGGUGGGCGUUGCCAGGGUAGCAGUCACCUGUAUAAACACACACCAACUCGGAUGCCUCUGCCUCUACACACACACACCUAUACACUGAGCUACUGGUUUGGCCUCUAAACACACACGCAUACACACUCAAGCUGAGCUUCUACACAGACACACCCACCCACCCACACACACCCACAAGUUACACUACAACUUGGGUAAGGCCCUGAUACAGCCAUUAGCUGUAGAUGUGUCUGUGUGUGUGUGUGUGUGUGUGUGUAUGUCUAUCUGUGUGCAGUGUUUCCCACAGAAUGGAAUUCUGUUUGUGGUAGUGUUGCACAGUGUAUCGAUACUAAAAAGGUAUCACGAUGCCUUCACGCAAAAAACAAUACGAUUUCCGAAGUUUUUAGAAUCGAUACUUUAUUAAAAUAAUAAAGUUCUGCGUCUGUGUGAACUGCUGCUCUCACUGCUCCUUGUAUGCAUCUAGGCAAGUGGGCGUGUCAAGCAGGCAUCUCUGAGUGAGUGAGUGCGCAGCUAACGUCAACAAAGUUUUUUGCCGACAGUACUCUGCCUUGUGGAUAAAACAAAAGGUGAAGUGAAAUCUGGAACUAUAUGGGGAAUACAUCGGGAGUAGUGAAGGCAAGCCAUCAGAGCAUGUUGGGAUGUAGAAGGCCACGCCCCUGUGGGCCUCUGAUUGGCCCGCUGCUGCUGCUGUGGGCGUGUGCUGUGAGGGUUGGCGUGGCGGCGACGUCUGCAGGCUGUGGCGGGGAGGCGGUUGCCGUGGCGACGGACGGGCGUGCGGCACGUCUGGCUCAGGAGCGCCACCUGUGGGUGCUGUUUGAGAAGUACGGCGACGGCAACGGCUCCCUCACGCUGCAGGGGCUCCAGCUGAUGCUGCGCCACGUGGGGCUCGGACGCCUGCGCACGUCCAGCGGCGCGCACACACACACUCACACACACGGGCACGUGCAUACACACGCGCACGACAAGGGCCAGCCCAACACACCCACACCCACACACUCACACUCACACACAGACCCACCCACACACUCACACACACACACACACACACACCCUGUGCGGUCCAGACGCAGUGCUGAGUAUGACCUCACUCAGGACCACACCCCCUCUGCUCAGAACACGCCCCCAACAACGCAACACGACGACCAUGACCAACAACCUCUCGGCAACAGCAGUCAGCAGUGUCUGAGUGCUUCCUCUUUGCUGAAGGAUCAUGGGAUAGGAUCGGGGGGCAUCUCCGUCAGUGAUUUUGGCUUCCUGUGUCCUGCUCUCCUUUCUCAGAUUGACUCCCAGUCCUGCCUGCGGCACGCAAGUCAUGAGGAUCAUCCCAAGAGCACUAAGGGUGCAUCAGGUCAUGAAGAUCAUCCAAAGAACACCAACAUUGCAGCAGCCUGGCUGGGGGGUUUCCUGUCCAUCUGCAUCAUCAGUACGCUGGCAUUGGUGGGCGUGGUCUUGCUGCCACUCAUCAACAAAACAUCCUUCAACUUCCUGCUCAGCUUCCUGGUGGCGCUUGCAGUGGGCACGCUCAGUGGAGACGCCUUCUUACACCUCAUACCGCACGCUCAGGGUCAUCACAAGCACCAGCACUCGGCCAAUGAGAGCUGGGAGGAGGGGAGCCAUGGCGACGGCGAGGACUCUCUGCGCUCCGUGUGGACGGGGCUGACGGCACUGGGCGGAGUUUACUUCAUGUUCCUCAUCGAGCACUUCCUGACUCUCGGGAAGAUGUACAAGGACAAGAAACACAAGGGACAGAAGAAGUUUGAUCAGAGUGAUGACAUGUUGGAGACAGAGAAACUUCCCACUAUUGAAGAGAAUGAUGUAAAAGCCCUCGAUGAGGCGGAGCCAAAUGGUGGCAGUGCUAGCGUCCGUGGCCUGUGUGAGGAGGAGGAGGAGAUGCUGUCACACACACACACACACACUAACUCUGACCUGCGGGACGCCGACCAAUCGUUGGACUGCCAGGACAAAUGCCACUCCCACUUCCACGACACAGUGGCUCCGCCCGCGCAGCUGCAUCACCAUCACCAUGACUACCACCACAUCCUGCACCACCAUCACUCGCAGAACCACCACCCGCACACACACACACACCGACACACACACGCUUACAGCCGGCAGCAGCUGCAGGAGGCGGGCAUCGCCACACUAGCCUGGAUGGUCAUCAUGGGGGACGGCCUGCACAACUUCAGCGACGGCCUGGCCAUAGGUACGCGCUUUACUGAGGGUCUGUCCAGUGGCCUCAGUACUUCAGUGGCUGUUUUCUGUCACGAGCUUCCGCAUGAACUUGGUGAUUUCGCCGUGCUGUUGAAGGCCGGCAUGACGGUCAAGCAGGCAGUGCUGUAUAAUGCGCUGUCAGCCCUGAUGGCGUUCUUCGGCAUGGCCACGGGCAUUCUGAUUGGUCACUACGCUGAGCACGUGGCUACAUGGGUCUUCGCCCUCACCGCGGGUCUCUUCCUCUACGUGGCCCUGGUAGACAUGGUGCCAGAGAUGCUCCAUAACGAUGCUAGCGAGCAGGGCUUCAGUCACUAUGGUUACUUCCUCCUCCAGAACGCCGGGAUCCUGCUUGGCUUCGGCAUCAUGCUCGCCAUCGCCAUCCUGGAGCCACGCAUCCAACUCCACUUUGACCUUUAACCUUCAGCCUUUGACCUUCGCCAUCCUGGAGCCACGCAUCCAGCUACACUUUGACCUUUAACCCUUUACCCCCUUAAUCAUUCCACAUCUCCACACAUCUGGAAGUGAGUGUGUGUGUGUGUGUGUGUGUCAGGUCUGUCAUUUUGUGCUGUUACAGAAGCAAGCUAAGCAGCUAGUACUCAGUGUUAGUGAUGAUAUUUGCAGUCAGUGCAACAGUAUUGUUUUGUGAUGAUGUUUGUUUGCAUCAUGAAAAGCAUUUUUUUUUUGUGUAUAUGUGUGCAUAUGUGUGUGUGUGUGCUCAUAUUUGUGUGUUACACUGAAGGGAACUGUGUGUGUGUGUGUGUGAGAGAACAUGCCACGAACAUGUGUGUCCAGAAAAAUAAAGUUACAUGUGCUGAA